GACGUCGAUUUUUCCAACGAUCUGUCGACGGGAGAAUCUUUUGCCGGUAAAAAAUAACCACUAUAUCAACACAUUCUUUCAUAAGGAAAGUUGUUAAAAUCUGGACGAGCAACUUCGUACAAAAGUUGGUUCACGAUGGCUAUUCCAGUCAAACACACGUUCAACUUGUAAACAAAACGACCGGUGGAUGAAAAGGAACUUUAUUGAAAAGAGAUACCAUACAAUUUCAAGCCGAGAACUAAUGUAGAACUUUUUGCUACUUCCAAAGUAAUUUGCGAUUUACUUUGAAAGGGUUGAUUGACGUCAAAGAAUUAAAGUCAAGAUGGCGAGUAUGGCAACAACACCUCGGAUUCAGCCUCCCACAAAUGGCGUUUAUAUCGUCCAAGGAGAGAUGUUGUUGGUUUCCACGGCAAUGAGACGGAGCUCAAGAUGGACUUCUCAUUUACCACAGGAGGAAGAGCAAGACCCACUGCUUGGAAGUUUCUCUCAGCUCAAGGAAAUCUUGAACUCUAUCUCGGAUAUAACAGAGAUUGAGCCCAACGUGUUUCUCUGUCCGUUUCUUGACGUCAUCCGUUCAGAGGACACUACCGGACCAAUCACAGGGCUUGCUUUGUCUUCCAUCAAUAAAUUCCUGUCUUACGGGAUGCUGGAUACGUCUAUAGAGGGCGCCACCUCGGGCAUCGAGAACAUCGCAGAUGCUGUUACGCAUGCCAGGUUCGUGGGUACUGACCCAGCAUCUGAUGAAGUUGUACUCAUGAAGAUUUUACAGGUUCUAAGGACUUUAUUGUUGACACCCGUCGGGGCACACCUGUCUAACGAGUCGGUCUGUGAGAUCAUGCAAUCUUGCUUCAGAAUUUGCUUUGAAAUGAGACUAAGUGAAUUGCUACGGCGAUCAGCAGAGCACACCCUGGUGGACAUGGUGCAGUUGCUUUUCUCAAGACUUCCUCAGUUUAAGGAGGAGAAACUCUCAGGGAUGAGAAAGUUGAAGAUGCGAGCAGGUGGAAUUCCUGAUGCGUCACGCCGUCGCCGCUCUCGACCCUCUCCCAAAGUCCGUUCUAAGAAAGAUCGCUCAGCCACAAGCCCGACGGAUGACUUACCCUCAGUGCAAUCGGGGACCCACGCUGCAAAUAGCAAUGCAGCGCUCUCUCCAGCAUCAUCUGUGACCUCAUCUAUUGUCACGGUAGCAACCACUGCGGCAACAUCACCAAACGCCCAGUCCUCUGAUUUAUCUGAGGUGACUCCGCCAACCACGCCCAACAUUUCAUCAGAUGCUGGAGUGGCAUCAGAAGACCAGUCCCUGCCAUCGUUAUCUCAAGAGAGUGAUGUUGAUAUGGCGACGACCUCAGAUGGUGACGUUACACCAAGCCAAGGAGGUCAAGUUAUCUCAAUGCAGGGGGAGCAGCAAGAUGAGAGUAUCGUGAGCAAGAAGUGUGAAGAUGCAGAACAGAUUGCCGACGUCGAGCGGUCGGACUCCUUAGUAGAUGGAGCCGAAGACGCUGAGUCGGUGACGGAGCAUUCCGACAGCGCAUCAGUGCAAGAUUCCGAGUACGUCAAUCCACAAGGUGUCAGGUUCACUCCUCACCAGAGACAUAAAAAUGGUACCGGACCCAUCAUUCCUUAUGGUCUACCCUGCGUCAGGGAACUCAUGAGAUUUCUCAUCUCUCUAAUAAAUCCGUAUGAUAGGCAUAACACAGAACUUAUGAUGCACAUGGGUCUGAACCUCUUGACGGUUGCCUUGGAAACGGGAUGCGAUCACGCCGCCCACUUCUCGUCGCUUCUCAGUCUCAUCAGAGACGACAUGUGCAAGAACCUCUUGGCACUUUUGCAAGCAGACAGGCUGUCUCUCUUCGCAGCGUCCCUCCGCGUCUGCUUCAUGCUCUUCGAAUCGUUGAGGACUCAUCUGAAAUUCCAACUUGAGAUGUUUCUUCAGAAGCUGACAGAGAUUAUCAUCUCGGAGUCGGUGAGGAUUCCUUACGAGCAGCGAGAGAUGGCACUGGAUACCAUCGUUCAGCUGUGGAGACUCCCAUGCAUGGUAACGGAACUCUACCUCAACUAUGACUGUGACGUUUACUGUAGCAAUCUCUUUGAAGAUCUUACAAAGUUGUUAUCUAAGAAUGCCUUUCCCGUCUCCGGCUCGCUCUUCACCACCCAUCUCCUCAGCCUAGAUGCUCUCCUCGCCGUCGUCGAUAGCAUCGAGACCAACUGUCAUCAUCGAAUCCUCAGCUCCAUGGUUGCCAAGGCGUCGUCCGCCUCUGCCUCCGCCGCUGUAACAGACAGAGAGAAGUCUGACUCCGCCGUCACGAUCCACGUGGAAGACGUCUCGGAGAAGAGCGACGAUGGAGAGAAGGGGAAGGAGAAAGAAGGAGGAGAGGAGGCUGGGACCCAGGGAGGGGUUGGGGUUGUCCCGCCCACUACGGGGUACGCCAUGGCCCAGAUUAUGUCGGCUAAUCGGGAUAAGGACAUAGAGAUUGUCAAAAGUUUAAAGAUGUCGGACGAUCACAUUGAAGGUAGUCCCAAUCGAAGGAUCAGUCGCUUCACUCCGUCGGCAAACUUACCCUCGUUGGAACAGCUCAUGAAGAUCAAGCAGAAGAAAAAGUUGAUUCAUGCAGGCACGGAGCAGUUUAAUAUAAAGCCAUCUAAAGGGAUAGCCUUCCUCCUUGAGCAAGGCAUCCUCCAUACUCCUCUCAAUCCUCACGAGGUUGCAGUCUUCUUGAAGGAGAACCCAAAAUGUGAUAAGAAGAUGAUCGGAGAAUACCUCAGUAGCAGGAAAAACGAGACCGUUCUGGAAGCUUUCUUACGGUUGUUUGUCUUUGAGGGUAUUAGGAUUGAUGAAGCUUUGAGGAUGUAUCUGGAAGCAUUCAGACUCCCAGGAGAGGCACCGGUUAUUCAACAUCUUAUGGAACACUUCUCAGAUUACUGGCAUACAAGCAACAACCUGCCCUUUGCAACUACAGAUGCUGCGUUCACAUUGGCUUAUGCCGUCAUCAUGCUGAACGUUGACCAACACAACCACAAUGCCAAGAAGCAGAAUAUCCCAAUGAAUGUGGAUCAAUUUAAAAGGAAUCUCUCUAAAGUUAACGGGGACGCUGAUUUUGAAGCAGCCAUGCUGGAGGAGAUCUUCACAGCCAUCAAGAGUGAAGAGAUUGUGAUGCCGGCGGAGCAGACCGGUCUGGUCAGAGAGAAUUAUCUCUGGCGUGUCUUACUGAAGCGAGGAGCGACUUCUGAGGGCACGUUCCUCCACGCCCAGUGCGGAGAUCUAGAUCGAGAGCUGUUCCUACUCGCCUGGGGGCCGACUGUCGCGGCGUUGUCAUUUGUGUUCGAUAAAGGAAUGGAUGAGACCAUAGUGCAGAAAGCUAUUGCUGGUUUCAGGAAAUGUGCCAUGAUAUCAGCUCACUAUGGAUUGACGGAUGUGUUUGACAACUUGGUUAUAUCCCUCUGCAAAUUCACAACGCUUCUCAAUUCAAUGGAGACCCCUGAGAGUCUCCCGAUCGUCUUCGGAGCCAACACCAAAGCCCACCUAGCGGCCAAGACAGUCUUCGGCCUCGCUCAUCGGCACGGAGACAUCCUAGCAGAAGGAUGGAAGAAUCUACUCGAUUGUAUGCUGCAGCUGUACCGCGCUAAGCUCCUUCCCAUUGAGAUGAUCGAGGUGCAAGACUUUGUCGAUCCCAGCGGAAGGGUGUCUCUCAUCCGGGAAGAGAUGCCAGCAGUCAAGUCCGAUUCGUCUUUACUCGGCUCGUUCUACUCCUACUUUACACUGAACACUGAGACGUCAACGCAGAAAGGACCAACAAGUGAAGACAAGGAAGUCAUCGAGCAAGCACGAAGCUGCAUCGAGGAUUGUCAUCCAGAACAUUUGAUCACCGAGAGUAAAUUCCUGAGAGAAGAGUCUUUACAAGAGUUGAUGAAGUCCUUGACGUUUGCCUCCCAAGGGCCUGAAGCGACAGACUCCCUUGGAGUUCCUUACGAGGAGGAGGCGGCUGUCUUUAACUUAGAGCUCCUUAUCAGAGUUGUCUUAGAAAACAGGGAUCGUGUGGGUACGUUAUGGCAAGGAAUCUGUGACCAUCUUUACAGUCUUAUUGUCUCUACCUCGGAGUACAGUCAGCUGGUUGAGAGAGCAGUGGUGGGUCUCCUCAGGCUAGCCAUUCGUCUUCUAAGAAAAGAUGACAUCGCUACUCAGGUGUUAACGUCACUGCGGAUGUUACUCCUCAUGAAGAAAUCUGUCUUACAGCGAGUCUGUCGUCAGGUUGCGUACGGCCUCCACGAGUUGCUCCGCACCAACGCCGCCAACAUCCACACCUCUCAUGAUUGGUAUACGCUAUUUACGCUGCUGGAGUGCGUCGGCGCAGGCGCGUCUCCGGCGGUUCACUUGAGGAGUUUGAAGAGAGAGGAGGAGAAUAACCAAGAUGCAGGAGCGCAAUCAGACAGUGAGGUCUCAGUGGGUAGUGUCAGCGGCGCAUCAGACCAAGGAUAUACCUCGGACAGUGAACUCUUCAAACAUAAUAAACCACAUCGAACCAUCAGUGAGCCGGACGUCUCCACAUUGUCGGAUGAUAGGGUCAUAAAAGUGAACCAGGACAGCUCCAACAGAAGUUCCCACUCCAAAGAUGUCACCAAACCUCACAAUCAGUUCAAGAUUGCCCUGGACCAAACGUUGAGUCACCACGACACCAAGGCCUUGAUGAAAUGCUGUGAGUCUCUGGCGUUCCUCGUCAGAGAUGCUGCUCACGUUACUCCGUCAAACUUUGAGUCGUGUGUCCAUGCCAUCAGGAGCUUUGUUGAGGCUACUGUGAAUGGAGGAAAGUUAAAACACGACAGACAGAGGAAACCCGAGCCAUCCAAAGAUCGGAAAAACUCCAAGUUGUCGCGGAACCAAAAGCAUAAGAAGAACAUGGCCAAGACGAACUCUGUCCCGGAGAAGAUGUCUCUGAUGUGUGACCUAGAAGACGGAGAGGAUGAAGGGCCACCUGGCGGAUAUCAUUCACUCUCAAUACAGUUAUUGGACCUGAUGCACACACUUCACACGAGGGCAGCCUCUAUCUUCAGCUCGUGGGCCGAGGAGGAACAGAAGGACGGAGCAGGGAGUACCAUCGAUGCUGGCGCAAGUGCAUUAUGGAUAAAAUGCUGGUGCCCACUACUACAAGGUAUCGCAAGGCUUUGCUGCGACAUCCGUCGACAGGUCCGCAUGCAGGCUCUGACCUACCUCCAGAGAGCUCUCCUAGUCCACGAUCUCCAGACUCUUUCCGCCGUAGAGUGGGAGUCUUGCUUUAAUAAAGUCCUCUUCCCACUCCUGGCUAAGCUCCUUGAGCAGAUCAAUCCUCUGGAUCCGGUGGGUCUUGAGGAGACGAGAAGCAGGGCUGCUACGCUACUCUGCAAGGUUUUCUUACAGCAUUUGACACCCCUUCUAUCUCUGGCAACAUUUACCGCUUUGUGGCUUACCAUUUUGGACUUCAUGGACAAGUACAUGCAUGCUGACAAGAGUGAAUUACUGUAUGAAGCAAUACCCCAGUCACUCAAAAACAUGGUCCUUGUGUUAGACACCGCCAACGUCUUCCGAACCGACCCAGGAUCCGAGAGGGGGAAAGAUUGUCAGCUCUGGGUCUUCACCUGGGAGAGGAUCGACUGCUUUCUGCCGGGACUCAGGGAUGAAGUCUUUAAAUGUCACGAGCCUGUAAACAGAGAUCCAGCACCGAGUAGUGCCACUACAAACGCCCCUACACCCGACGGGAUCGUCAGAGAUGGGUCACCAAACGAGGAGCAGCCAAGCACAGUGGAUACAAAGCCAGAGGAAACAGACCCUCCAACCCCAGCUGCACCUGACACAACGCCCGCUAAAUCUGACCCGCCCUCGACAACAACACCCACACCCAUCAAUACCCCGCCCCAAACGGUAGCCAAGGACGUCAAUCCGGUGACGAGCCAACCCAACAUCAUUCUCCAGCCGCCUCUGUCUUAUCUAGGAUCCCUACCGGGGGGUCAAGACGCUAAACAGGCAGGUCCUCUACCCUUCCUCCUUAACCCAGCCAUCCUGAAGGGGUCACCCAUACCCAUUGUCACUCCAAUUCUCCCUCAAACGGAACCCUCAGCUAAGUAAUCAGGAAAUUUGUUGAAGUCACCCCCUAGCAUAACACGAAACGCUGCAGGGACGCUGAGGUAACGCGCACCUUUUUUACGCACAAAGAACAUCUAUCGUCCAAUGAUUUGCUUCCUUUGACCCCAGUGAGGGCGCAUUUUGACCACCGUGAGGGUGCUUUUUGAGUGUGUGACAUCAGGUGCAAUGGGUUUAUUGAAAGACAUUGCGUCAAUGCAAAACGUUGUGUCUCGAUUGUGCUAAAACAUUGUAUUGGGCAGGAGAACGCUCCAUGCACAAACUUCAUCACCUUGUUCAAGCUAAAUUGUUGCAUCUUGCAACAAAAAUAUCCGUGGAAGAAUAUCUUAUCUCACACACGCAAGUCUGUGCUAAAACAUCAUAUCUCAACAAAAUUCCUCCAUUCAAAAACAUUGUAUUAUUUAUGCUGUGUGUAAAAUUUGUACUUUUAUGUUAAUUUAAGUGAGAUCUGACUUUUUGACACUUUCAAACUUGCGCAUGACGUACAUGUUAUUUUAGGAGAUGCGACGUGUUUGCACUGACGCGAAGAAGAGAAAUUUAAUGAAGUAGUAAGGAUCACGUCACAAGAUGUCUAAGACUUAAAGAAGGUUGAUAUUGAAGAUGGAAUUCAGAAGUUGAAGCCUGCAUAGGAGAGACAGUUGCAUUGAUUUGCAUUGUGACGCCAUUUAUUUUUCGUGCGGUAAGCAGCGGAAGUUAAGCAUGCCUUUUCGUGUGCUUAC